AUGCGUGAGUGUAUCUCAAUUCACAUUGGGCAAGCCGGAGUUCAAAUUGGCAAUGCAUGUUGGGAACUGUAUUGUCUCGAACAUGGUAUUCAACCUGACGGUCUAAUGCCAUCAGACAAAACAAUUGGUGGUGGCGAUGAUUCAUUCAGUACGUUUUUCUCCGAAACGGGUGCCGGAAAACAUGUGCCUCGUGCCGUUUUUGUCGAUUUGGAACCAACAGUAAUUGAUGAAGUGAGAACUGGCACAUAUCGUCAAUUAUUCCAUCCUGAACAACUGAUUACAGGCAAAGAAGAUGCUGCCAACAAUUAUGCACGUGGUCACUACACAAUCGGAAAAGAAAUUGUUGAUCUUGUUCUUGAUCGUAUUCGAAAACUAGCAGAUCAAUGUACCGGUCUUCAGGGUUUUUUAAUUUUUCAUUCGUUUGGUGGUGGUACGGGCAGUGGUUUCACAUCGUUGUUAAUGGAGCGACUGAGUGUCGAUUAUGGGAAAAAGUCCAAAUUAGAAUUUGCAGUUUAUCCUGCACCACAAAUCUCAACAGCCGUUGUUGAGCCGUAUAAUUCAAUCUUAACCACACACACAACACUGGAACAUUCCGACUGUGCAUUUAUGGUGGACAACGAAGCCAUUUACGAUAUUUGUCGUCGAAAUUUGGACAUCGAACGUCCGACAUAUACAAAUUUGAAUCGACUCAUUGCACAAAUCGUCAGUUCGAUCACGGCUUCACUACGAUUUGAUGGUGCGCUGAAUGUCGAUCUCACAGAGUUUCAAACAAAUCUUGUUCCUUAUCCACGAAUUCAUUUUCCACUGGCGACAUACGCGCCAGUCAUCUCAGCCGAAAAAGCCCAUCAUGAACAACUGACGGUGGCUGAGAUUACAAAUGCUGUAUUUGAACCUGCCAAUCAGAUGGUCAAAUGUGAUCCGAGACAUGGAAAGUAUAUGGCAUGUUGUCUGUUAUAUCGUGGUGAUGUAGUGCCAAAAGAUGUAGGAGCUGCCAUUGCCUCCAUCAAAACUAAACGAACAAUUCAAUUUGUCGAUUGGUGUCCAACUGGCUUUAAGGUCGGAAUUAAUUAUCAACCGCCUACGGUUGUUCCUGGUGGCGAUUUAGCCAAAGUUCAACGUGCUCUGUGUAUGUUAUCAAAUACAACGGCUAUUGCAGAAUGUUGGGCUCGUCUUGAUCAUAAGUUUGAUUUGAUGUAUGCUAAACGUGCCUUCGUGCAUUGGUAUGUUGGUGAAGGUAUGGAAGAAGGUGAAUUCAGCGAAGCAAGAGAAGAUUUGGCAGCAUUAGAAAAAGAUUACGAAGAAGUUGGUAUUGAUUCGGUUGAAGGUGAAGGCAAUGAUGAAGAAUAUUAA